CUCCUAGGCAGCAACAAUUCUCAUAGAUGAAAUUGGAAUUAAAAGUCCCUUACCAUCACAUGGUGUCUGAAAUUUGCAUUCCCCCUUUCUUAAAACUGAACAAUUUCACGUUCAAAGAUUCACAUAUCUCCCAAGGCCUCAAACUUACAGAAGUAAGUUCUUUCUAAUGAAUAAUGGGGUACAAAGAAGCACAGGCAAGCAAAUCAAUAGAAGAAUUCAGUUGCAGAAAUCAAGGAACUCAAAAGAUGUUUCUAACUGAAAAAGUCGCAUUGCCCACCACAUCGAUCUAUCAAGCCACCGAAGAUGAUGGUUAAGGGCUUGAAUCCUCUCAUCACUUUCGAGCACAAGAGGCAAAACAAAGAUCGUAGCUUGGGCGUUUGGGUGAUGGAAGGCGGUGGUGGUGGCAACGGGAAGGUCAGCACAGAGGAGGUGAUCGCGAAGCUCAAGGAUGAUGGAGAUUUUGACAAGCUCCGCCUCAAGAUCAUCCGUAAGCUCAAGGAAAAGGAAGACUUGCGUAACUGUAUUAUCUCAAUGGUGAAGCAGUCAGCUGCACUUAAUCAUGCAAGAGCAGAGAAUUUGAAACCUAGACAACUCUGUGAUGCCGUUCAUGAAGAAAUUAGGGACCAGGUAAUGGGCCAGAUUUCUGAUGGGCUGUGGGAAGUGAUCAAAUCUAAUGAUGGCAUGAAAAGUGAAAUCACCGAUACAGUACAAUCUGUGUAUAAUAAGCUAGUGAACCUAAAAGGCAAGGAACUAGUUGAACUAUCCUCCCCAAGCUCAACUUACAAGAAAGUUGCUGAUAAUGGUACUCUUGCAAUCCCUACCUGCAAAAAGGAUGAUACAUCUGGUAGCGAACCAAAAGAACCACCAGGUUUCUUUCUCUGCAAUCAUUGUCAAGGACAUGAAGAAGAACAAACUGAAGUGCCUAAUCAUCCAGAGGACGCAUCAAAUCUGAAAGAUGGUGAGCCAAGUGUCCCACCUGGCUUUGCUGCAUUUGUUGAUCGUAAGCAGCUAUGUGAUGGCAAUGAUGAAGAUCCUGAUGUGCCUCCUGGUUUUGGUUGAUGAGCUACUGUGCAUUCUCCUUUGUUGGCAUCGUUCCAUUACCAUCAAAUUUGGAGAACAAUUCAAACAUGGGUUCAAGCCGCAACACUACAUGGUGCCAAGGCCUGUACUCCCACAUGACUUCAGAGCACGGCCAAAACUUAAAGGGGGGGGAG